ACCCCGUCCAGCCAUCACAACACAAACAGGAGUACUACUACUACUCCGGUCUUCAGCGAUAUUGGCGCUACAAGUCUAAGAAGGUUCAUAGACGUACGACCUGUAGCGCCAAUAUGGCUGGCGUCUCCACCAAUGCCAUUGCCCUUGUGGCACUCCUCUCCGUGCUCUUCACGUCCGUCCGUUCUGCGGUCGACUACGACACCGCCGUCGCUAGAUCCUACAACUCCGGCUGGCUCCCCGCCAAGGCCACCUGGUACGGGGCGCCCAACGGCGCCGGCCCCGACGACAAUGGUGGUGCUUGCGGCUUCAAGAUCGUGAACCAGUACCCAAUCUCCUCCAUGGGGGCAUGCGGUAACGAGCCUAUUUUCGCCGGCGGCGAGGGCUGUGGCAUGUGCUACGAGAUUAAAUGCGAGUACUCCAACAACCCUUCCUGCUCCGGCCAGCCGAGGAGGAUCGUCAUCACCGACAUGAACUACUACCCCGUGGCCAGGUACCACCUCGACCUCAGUGGCACCGCGUUCGGCUCCAUGGCCAGGUACGGCCUCAACGACCGGCUCCGCCACGCCGGCAUCAUCGACAUGCAGUUCAGGAGGGUGCCCUGCAACUUCCCGGGUAUGAAGGUGACCUUCCACGUCCAGCGUGGCUCCAACCCCAACUAUCUCGCGGUGCUCGUGGAAUACGUGAACGUGGACGGGACCGUGGUGCGGAUGGAGCUCAUGCAGACCAUCAACGGCCGCCCUACGGGCUACUGGCAGGACAUGCGCCGCUCGUGGGGCUCCAUCUGGCGGAUGGACACCAACCGCCGGCUGCAGGGGCCAUUCGCCAUCCGCAUCACCAGCGACACCGGAAAGACGCUGGUGGCCAACAAUGCCAUUCCGGCUUAUUGGCAGCCGGACCAUGCCUACUGGUCCAACCUCCAGUUCUACUGAUUUGCUUACGUGCGUACUUCUCCGAUCGAUGCCGAGUUAAUCAUUUUGGUGUCAUCAGGACGAUCCCUAUUUACGAGGAUCGAAUGAUUUUAAGUUAUUACUAGGCACUAUGUACUUUCAAGCGUGUUAACUGUCGUCGAUUGUGUGUCCUGAAGAUGUGUGGCUGUCUUUGUAUGUGUGUGUGAAAUGUAAGGAGCUAGGCAAGUGGAGUAGCAUCCAUGUGCUACCCCGGCCACUACCGCGGUUCCAUGCCUGAUAGAGUGUGAUCCAAUUGAGCUUAUAAAUUAAUUCAAAUGGAUGAAGUUUAUGGCAUA